AACAAUACCAAUCAGGUGGGCUACACCCGGACAAGGCCCGGCGCAGUUCAAGUGGGCUCAGCUCAGAUCAACCAACAUAAUGUUAAACAAUACCGAUCAGGUGGGCUACACCCGGACAAGGCCCGGCGCAGUUCAAGUGGGUCAGCUCAGAUCAACCAACAUAGUGUUAAACAAUACCGAUCAGGUGGGCUACACCCGGACAAGGCCCGGCGCAGUUCAAGUGGGUCAGCUCAGAUCAACCAACAUAGUGUUAAACAAUACCGAUCAGGUGGGCUACACCCGGACAACGCCCGGCGCAGUUCAAGUGGGUCAGCUCAGAUCAACCAACAUAGUGUUAAACAAUACCGAUCAGGUGGGCUACACCCGGACAAGGCCCGGCGCAGUUCAAGUGGGUCAGCUCAGAUCAACCAACAUAGUGUUAAACAAUACCGAUCAGGUGGGCUACACCCGGACAAGGCCCGGCGCAGUUCAAGUGGGUCAGCUCAGAUCAACCAACAUAGUGUUAAACAAUACCGAUCAGGUGGGCUACACCCGGACAAGGCCCGGCGCAGUUCAAGUGGGUCAGCUCAGAUCAACCAACAUAGUGUUAAACAAUACCCAUCAGGUGGGCUACACCCGGACAAGGCCCGGCGCAGUUCAAGUGGGUCAGCUCAGAUCAACCAACAUAGUGUUAAACAAUACCGAUCAGGUGGGCUACACCCGGACAAGGCCCGGCGCAGUUCAAGUGGCUCAGCUCAGAUCAACCAACAUAGUGUUAAACAAUACCAAUCAGGUGGGCUACACCCGGACAAGGCCCGGCGCAGUUCAAGUGGGUCAGCUCAGAUCAACCAACAUAGUGUUAAACAAUACCCAUCAGGUGGGCUACACCCGGACAAGGCCCGGCGCAGUUCAAGUGUCAUCAGGAAAGGUAAAACCAGCUAAAGUGUUACAAGUCCUUACUGGCCACAAAGACUGUGUGAACUGUGUUAAAUGGGUUCCAUCCAUCGAUCAUUACUCACCAGAAAACACACUACUGUCUGGCGCCAGGGAUAAGAAUGUUGUUGUUUGGAAACAAGACCCUCAUAAUACUGACAGUUACACUCUUGAAGCAUGUCUGAGUGGACAUUCUGCUGCUGUGACUGCAGUAGAGGGGAUCUUCAUCCCUCCAUCACCACAGGAGUCAUCUCUCCUCAUUGCUUCUGCAUCCUCAGAUUCCAGCAUUAAAAUAUGGAAAAGAAGCUCGGACAAAGAUUGUGAAGAAAUUCAGACCAUCAAGUUUGGAACAGGUUUUGUACUGGACAUCGCAUUGAUCAUCAUUCCCGGAACAAAUGUUGUACUGCUGGCAUGUGGAGCAGAUGAUCAUAAGGUGCACAUCUUUGUGAUGGAAAACAAUCAGUUUGUAAAGAAGAUGGUGCUAUUGGGACAUGAAGACUGGGUUCGGAGUUUGGACUUCAUGGUUGAUGAUACCGGUGACGUACUACUGGUGAGCAGUGCACAAGACAAUUUGAUACGGAUCUGGCGGUUCUCCAAGAGAGACACAGACAUUAACAGAUCUCUCGCCUCCAUCAGUGAUCUGCCCUUGGAUGAAGAUAUUAAAAUGCCAGAAAACAUUUUCUCGUACUGCUACAAUGAUAAAGAAGCAUUUUGUGCUGUGAGCCUGGAGUCUGUGUUGAGUGGACAUGAAGGGUGGAUCUACAGUGUGAGAUGGCAUCCGAGAAUUAAAACAGGUGAGAAGGGCGACCACCAGCCGAUGAGUCUGCUGUCGGCCUCUAUGGACAAGACAAUGAUGCUGUGGAUGCCUGACCCGGACGCUGGGAUCUGGGUGGAGCAGGUGCGUGUUGGCGAGGUAGGAGGCAACACUCUCGGUUUCUAUGGGGGAUUGUUUGGACCCGAUGGGGCUUCUAUUCUGGCUCAUGGUUAUCAAGGGGCAUUCCACCAUUGGACUCGGAGCACUGAGGACAAGAAGACGUGGAAUCCCAGUGUGACGGUUGGAGGUCACUUCGACUGUGUUCAGGACAUAGACUGGGACCCACGGGACGGCCAGUUCCUGAUCAGCACCAGUUUAGACCAAACCACAAGGCUACAUGCUCCGUGGGUGAAGUCAGACCGACAGGUUGAGUGGUAUGAAAUAGCACGACCUCAGGUACAUGGGUACAGCAUGCAGUGUCUGGCUAUGCUCAACAGAUACAAGUUUGUGUCGGCUGCUGAUGAGAAGGUCAUCCGUGUUUUCGAUGCACCCAGAAACUCCAUUGAAAUCUUUUGUCAUAUCUGUAAACAAAAUCUGGAUGAACAACUUCAAAGGGAGGACACCCAGUCACUGCCAGAGGGCGCUAGUGUCCCUGCCCUUGGAUUGUCCAACAAGGCUGUGUUCCAGGGAGUGAAGCCAGAUCUGGGCGAAGACCUGAAAAUGUCGGUUCAUGCCAACAGUCAGUACGAAGUGCCAUAUUUUAAAACUGUCUCCGUACAGGCUCCUCCGACAGAAGAGAAUUUGUUACAGAACACUCUGUGGCCAGAGACUCAGAAGCUGUAUGGUCACGGUUACGAGGUGUUCUCUGUCGCUUGUGAUCCUGCGGGGAAGAUCGUAGCGUCAGCGUGCAAGGCGUCAACUGCAGAGCACAGUAGAGUUAUACUGUGGGACACGUCAAGCUGGCAGCAGGUUGGUUCUCUCGCUGCCGCGACUCUCACAGUGACGCAGAUUGCGUUCUCUCAUGACGGCCGGUAUCUGUUAGCCGUGUCCAGAGACAGGACCUGGUCACUCUUCAGAAAACACAAGAUUUCAGACACGAUGUUUGAGGAGAUAGGUUCUGUUGACAAGAAGACCUCGUCACAUUCCCGGAUUAUUUGGACGUGUGCCUGGACAUACGAUGACAAGUACUUCAUGACGGGAUCUCGCGAUAAAAAGGUGAUGGUGUGGCAGCGGUGUGAUAUCAGUAACCGAGGAGAAGGUCUGCACGUUCCGGUGUUUAGUAUCGCGUUCCCAGACUCCGUCACGGCACUGGACAUCGCUCCAGUCCUGGUCAACGAGUGUCAUCUGAUUGCUGUGGGCCUCGAUAAUGGGAUGAUUCUCAUUUGCAAGUGGAAACCACCAGACAACUGGAUUUGUUGUACGAAACUCGAAGCAAAUGCUCACCACAUGACGGUAAAGCGUCUGAAGUUUCGUCCAUGUUUUGGCCGUGCUGGAAUGUCGGACUCCGAUCCGACGAGAUGGCUUCAGUUUGCCAGCUGUGGUUCUGAUCACUUUGUGCGAAUACAGAACAUAGAGUUGGACAGGUUGUGAUGGCAGCAGACAACAUAGAGAUAAUGUUGAAGACUUCGUCCUAAAUGUGAAAGAUCUGGCAUCUUGUUGUUUUUUGUUAUAAAUUUAUAUAAUUUUAUGUACUUCCAAA